UUGCAAGAUCCGAUUGGUUGGCAUCAGAUUUGGCAGAGCUGCGCACUCGCGCGUCCUAUCGAUCGAGUAGCACUAACUGCUAAAUCUUCUUCAUAUGGUGUUCAACCCUUUCCAUGUGGUUCUGCAACAGGCACUUCUGGUGCACAGAAUUCAGUCACCGUCCCAGACCCUAUUUUAUUACCUCCCCCUGGUGGGCGAAGCGCCACCUCUGUUCAAGUGCGAACCAUUUGGAAAAAUCUUUAA